AAUAAAUAAAUUUAAAUUAAAAAAAAUUAUUAGAAAAUAUUAAUUAAAAAGUUUUAAAAGUAAAUUUACAAAAAAAAAUUACGCAAAUUUCGAGCGGUAGAUGGCGUUUAACGAUCCAUCUUUGUUUAUCGUUUUUGAAGUUGUAAUGGCGUGUAUUUUCUUAUAACGUUAUCAAUGCCGAGAGAGAGGAGGCCACCCACGAAAUUUAAAGGAAAGACUUGCCAGUCGUCUAAUAAAUUCCUAUUCUUGAAUGUAAAUGCUUAUAUGCACUCUAGAGGAGAAACUGACAGUGGAAGUGGUGAGUUAAAAACAGCUAAUCAACCUGAAAGUCCUUCAGGAAAGAAGAGACGUACGUCUGCUGCCACCACAGCUGCUCAGUAUCCUUACAUUAAGGGAAGAAAAAAUAUUUUCCAGCCAAGUCCAUCCCUUCCAGACUUAGUACCACCACCACCGUUGACUGGUUAUGGCGAAACCAUCGUUGCAAGUAAUCCGUUUGACGACACACUGCCGACCGCGAAUAAUACAUCUGUCCCACCCAUGCCGGGCCCUGGCAUGACUCCUGGGCCUCCAAUGCAUCCUAAGCCAGUGCCUAUGUCAUCUGGAAAGGUCUAUCCUCCCGAUCAACCGAUGGUAUUUAAUCCUCAAAAUCCCAACGCACCUCCUAUUUAUCCCUGUGGUAUUUGUCACAAAGAAGUUCACGACAACGAUCAGGCCAUACUGUGCGAAAGUGGAUGCAACUUCUGGUUCCACAGAGCAUGUACCGGACUGACCGAUGCCGCCUAUCAUCUCUUAACUGCCGAAGUCUACGCCGAAUGGGUUUGUGAUAAAUGCCUUUCAUCAAAAAAUAUCCCUCUUGUAAAAUUUAAACCAUAGUUGUUUUUAGAAAGUUACAUAAAUGCAUAUUUGUAUGUGUCGAAGUCAAAAGCUACAUGAUUUUUCUGGAUACAUUGUGUUUUAUCAGGCAUCUCAUUGUUACUUAUUUGUACAUUCAAUUUUUUGUAUUCAUCACGACAGUUUUUAAUUAAAUUAUUCCAACCGUCUAUUUUUGUAAAAUGCAUUUUAUGAACUUUCUACCUCAUGUUAUAUACAUUAGUUGUGUUGUAUAUUGUUAAAAUAAUAAAUUCUUUAAUGUACAUUUAUCUUGUAUUGUUUCAUUUAAAUUUUAAAAAUUCUGUAUUUUUCCUUUUUUAAUUUUAUAAAAAAAAAAUCAUUAUUCAUAAUUAACAUCUUAAACUGGCAAAUAAACAUGCUAGAUACAGUACUUAUCAUAUAAAUUAUAAACCUUUGAACAAGUAUUGUACAUUCUAAUGAACAAACAAGUUAAAUGGCAAGGCCAUUUUUGGGACGAGACUAUGUCUCAACUACACACCAUUUUCUAAGGAAAAGAGAAAAAUGAGCACUAACCAAUGAGCAAAAGCUGACACUAGUACUUGGUC